GCCGCCAAAGCGCACACACACUCAAAGACGCGCCCUCAGAAACUUCGCUCUUCCCAUUUCCCAGGCAAGCAUACAUCCGAACAUGGCAUUCUCAGUCUACACAACUCCAUCAACCACUUCCAGUCUCCAUCUGAAGCAAGCCCACUACUUUCCCUUGUUCACUUUCCAAUUCAACCAGCUCUUCCCACUCUCAGUCUCCUUCCCAACUCCUUCCUCAACUCCCACCAGACUUCAUAUCUCUGUGUGCGCCGCUGCUAAGUCGCAGACUGGGCCUGUAAAGAAGCGCUCACCCUCGGGCACUAACAACAACAAGAAGAAAAAGCGUCAGGGUGGUGGUGGUGGUGAUUCAGAGGAUCUGAGCUUGAGUGAUGUUGAAAUUGUGGAUAAUUUGGGUGCUGGUGGAGUUGGGUCUUCCGGAUCCGGUUCGAGUUCGAGGUCGCUUGGUUUCCAUCCUACGCCGCUACCAAAACCCCCAGCUGGGUUUGUGGUGGAUGAUCAUGGGAAGGUGCUCAUGGCUUCUUCGAAGCGAAUUGCUUCCAUUGUUGAUCCUACCAAUAAUUUCCCUUUAGAGUGCGUUAUAAGGAGAGUGUUCAGAAGCUCGCGGGGAGAUGAAUGUAUGCUGCUUUGCCCAGUUGACACGCCUGUUCAAAUAUUAAAGAGCACAAACAUAGAUGGCUGGUCAGCUGUCAGUGAUGAAGAAGCUGAAGUUAUUCUUCCCGCUGCUGCUUAUGCCCUUGCCAAGAUACACAUGCAUCUGGUACAUAGUGGAUUCUGUUAUACAGCACGGGGAGGCUUUUGUUACUCAGAGGAUGACAUAUUUGAUUUCCGAACAGAUGAUGGUCAAGAUGUAGAUGGCUUGCCCACUGAGGGUGUAGAAAUUACGUGUUUCCAUUUGGAUGGAGCACAUUACAUGAUUUAUACACCGUCUGAUCCGCUUCUCUUUGUUGUUGUAAAGAAUAAUGAUGGUCUGUUGCAAAUUGCUGACGAUGACCUGCUGGAGGAUCCUGCAAUCAUUAGUGCCAUAGAUGAGGAGACUGAGUUUAAUGCCUUGGUGGAGGAAGAAGCAGCUCUUCUUGAUUCAUUGCUAGGAAAAGAAUAGCCAAAUCUUUCUGAGCUGAGGUGUUUUUAUAUGCCAAAUCUUUCUUUUUCCUUUGUCAAUUUAACACAUGCGACAGCAGUUCUGCGGAUGGGACUUAGAAACACAAACAUUUGAUUUUUUGUUUUCACUCAUUUGUCUUUUGUAUAUAAACUUUUUCUUUGGUUAUGCAGUAUAAAUAUAUUCGUGUA